UCAGUACCAUUUCUGCCACCGCGCCAAUCGGCCAUAGUACACACCCCACACUGGUGGGCUCACUCGUUUGGGUGCCUGGUGGCCACGAUUCGUUGCGCUCUGGGCGAUCUAGUGUCUAGUGUUGUCACGGUCCAGUCCCUGUCCACCGUACCAGCCGUGGUGGUGUGAAGGGAAAUAGAAAAAAUUACACCAUUCACCCCCAGCUGCAGAUCACCGGGAGAUCGUAUGUGCAGAACCGGAAACACACUGGCAGUGAGCACGAAAGCACGGUGGUGGUGCAAUAGUGGCGCGUGAAAAUCGCCGGGAGAGAAAAACAAUAGCACGUGUGAUGUCAUGUGCGUGGUGUCAGUGUGCCAGUGAGCGCAUAGCCUACUCUAAAGCUUAGUUCUGAAUGCUCCUUUGAAGGUCAACGGUUUUUCGGUCGGCCAAAAACCAACAACCCUAACCCGGCCUAACAAACGAGCAGUGAUCAGUGAAACCACAGAAUCCAGUAUCCCACCAGUGCACGAUCAGCGAUCAUCAUCAUGACGUCAUACAUCGAGGUGAACAUACACUCCGAUCAUGAGGAUGACGAGGAAACGAUCGAUCUCGAUAACCAGCUCCAUCAGCAGCAGUGCAGCAGCCAGCAGAGUCUUCUGCCGAGCAUCACAAACCUGUCGAAUCCUCAAUCCUGCCUAUUCAUCACAAACAAAGCGGCCACCGAACAGUAUGGCAAAGCGGAGAAACGAAAGCUUAUGUGGGCCACACUGUUCACCGUUGCCUUCAUGGCAGCGGAGUUUAUCGGUGGAUACCUAUCGGGCAGUUUGGCCAUCAUGACCGAUGCAGCCCAUUUGCUAUCGGAUUGCAUCAGUUUCAUCAUCGCGAUCAUAUCGAUCUGGAUGUCCAACCGGCCGCCCGAUGCAAAGAUGUCAUUCGGCUACCGGAGAGUCGAGGUACUCGGUGCUCUGCUGUCCAUCUUUGGCAUCUGGGUACUGACGGCGGUGCUAGUCGUGCUGUCCGCUAAGCGAUUGAUCGCGGGUGAUUAUGAGAUCGAAGCCGAUACCAUGAUCAUCGUAGCCAUUCUGGGUGUUGUGAUGAAUAUUGUUACGGCCAUUAUCCUGCACGGUUCCUGUAGUGUACUACCUCACGGGCACGGUCACAGUCAUGGUGGUCACGGUCAUAGUCAUGGUGGACACGGGCACAGCCAUACUCCCGUUGGACGACCACGACCAAAAACGCCACAAUCGAUGGUGGCCCGUCUUUCGUUGUCACGGUCCUGCUCACCGGUACCGAAGCGUCUUCCCCGGACACACUCGUGUGAUGAGAAAAAGUGCGAAAAAAUGGAGCAGCUCAUCAUCCCGAACUAUCCACCAAGCCCACAGACGGCCAGUCCGCGCACUUCACGCCACAACUCGUUCGCCCUCACACCGGACAGCAUGCAGCGACCGAAUCUCGAUACGAUCCUCAACAGUGCCCGGUUGAAGCUACACAAAGAGCAUCUGCGGCAUCGGAUGAGCGUUGACGCGGGCCUCAACUCACCGGAUCUCAUUAGCUCGAGUAAGGUAAGCUAUUCGCGCAUCAGCACCGAUCACGAAUCAUCCCGGCCGCACAGUGACGAUGAGGAUCAGACGGUGCGCAGUGACACGGAAUGUUCGAUGGGUUCCGAUCACCAUCACCACCUUCGGGCUGCCGAUGCGGCCGGUGAGGAUGAGAGUAGCAAUCUAAAUGUCCGUGCGGCGAUCAUACACGUGAUCGGUGAUUUCAUACAGAGCAUUGGCGUUCUACUGGCGGCCAUAGUGAUCAAAUUCGCUCCCAACCUGAAAGUGUUCGAUCCGAUCUGUACGUUCGUGUUUUCACUGAUCGUGCUGGUGACGACGGUACGCAUCUUCCGUGAUUCGAUGCGGAUACUCACCGAUGCCGUUCCCAGUGAUAUCACGCUCGAGAAACUGUCCAGCGAGCUCACCUACAUCGAGGGCGUCAAAACGGUGCAUGAUCUCAGGGUGUGGAGCGUCUCGACCGGCUGGAACGUGAUGACGGUUCAUCUCAUGAUCGACCCUCUAGCGAAUGCGUCGGAGAUACUGACCGCGGCGAAUAGCAUCGCGAGGAAGGACUUCCGCAUAAAACACAGUACGGUGCAGAUUGAAAAGAUGCACUUUUAAUCAAACCGAAGAAAUUUGCUCAUCUCCUUCAAGGUGGAUCGAGAGUAAGGAUCAAGAGUUGUCCAUUUAUGUAAUAGGUAUAAAUAUGAAAUUGAAUCUACUUGUGUAUUCCUCUGUAUAUACGCUAAAUAAAAUCCGAAAUGACUGAAAUAUCGUUAACCGAUUGUGAUUAUAAAAUGUGCAUUAAAUUAAUAACGAAAAAAAAAGAAUAAAGGUCAGAAGGACCACGUGUAAUAAGAUUUAAAUAAAGUUUUGAUG